UUCACACUGUUAUCUUAUCACACAUAUUUGAACUUUGUCGUCUUCGCAACCUUAAAUUUCAUUCAAGGGUCGCGCCGCUGGUGCAGUCUUGGCUGCGAUGCCUUUGUCCGCUCGUUCCUUUGUUACACUUUUUGUUACAGUAUUUAAGAGAGAGUAGUUUCGCCAUGUUCUUUACCAUUAUCGCAUUCCUAUCACUUCGACUCGUGAAACUCUACUGUUAUACUCUAUACACGCUUACAACAUUCCCGUGUUCUCCGUAUCGACUUAAAGCUCGGCGCCUGGACUUAUCUGGACCUAGUCGAGCGCUUCUCAUCCUCGAGGCUCGAAGCACCCUUUUCGCACUAAUUAGCCUCGUGUUCGCCUCGUUGCUCUGAUACAAGAAAGCCAUCAUCAAGCAGACCCGGAAUAAGUCCUUUGUCGUGCGCUCUCUUCUUCAAGUCGUCCUGUUGCUCGCUAUGGUCAAAAUUUGCCCGCAGUUGGAAGCCCACGGAGCUUGCACAAAUCCCCUGUGCACAGGGUACCAUGAUGUCCACCUCUGCGAGCUAUGUGGUGUUUUCUGCGCAUCCACUAAGUGGUACGAAGCGCAUCUCGCCAGCAAAAAUCAUCGCCGUAAAUUGGCUGGUCAUGAUGGACGUCAGUACCAUUGCACUAUUUGUGCCACUCACAUUUUCGGUCAGAAGUCUUGGGGCCAACAUGUCCAAGGCACACGGCACCGCAGAAAUGCGGAAAACAAAGGUGUAUCGGCUGAGGUAGCUCCCGCUAUUCCUGAGGCGCUCCCUGGCCAAUUCUGUGGCGUAUGUGACAGUCAGAUCUCACAAGCCUUGUGGGAUUCCCAUCCUCGAUCAUUCGAACAUCGCAGGAAGGCGGGCUACAUGGCGUUCAAAAUUGCCCUCGAGGAAGCUGAGAAGGACAAACAUGGCAUCCUUAUCUCGGAAGGACUAGAUUUUGGCAUUGUGGAAAGUGCCGACGCUGCGCGGGGAGUAUUGCGAACUCUGACAAUAGAGACCACGGUGCCCUCAUCGCGAGUGACCAUUAAGAAGGCAUCUUUAUCCUCGUUCAUGGGCGGGAAAACUCCCUUUGCUAUUACGACUGCAGUGGAGGGGGCAAUAUUGGCAUAUCGUCGCCCUACUGCAGUUGGGGUACGGUUUUUAACACCCCACUCUGGGCGCAUGGAUAGUCGCCUCGAGAUUCUCUUCGAAGACACAGUACUGCACGUAACCUUCGUCAUCGCUAGGGUCCUGAAGGCCAUUGUGGGCAGCCAAGCCGAUUAUGAGUUGUUGAAACCAAUCGCUCCCUUCCAACCUCGCCAGCGAAGUCGUACGCAGCCUGAGACAGAAGUAGUGCCAGGCGUCCCUCCACCUUCCAACAACGUCAUACCGUACAUCAUGAAACUGCCUAGAGCGACGCCGUCGGAGUCACUUUCAGCCGCAUUAUCGGAAACAUCGUCUGGAAAGGCGCUAGAUAACCUCAGGAGAGUCUUCCUCCCAAAGAUUUUCGAUUCUUCGACGUAUUCGCGCUACUUUAAGACACUGCUUUGGACUGAGGAGCACCGCAUGGAGCGUGAUUUGGAACACUAUGACAUUUCUGAUGCUCAGCUAGUAUAUCACCAACAGUAUUAUCAUUUGGAAGUUCCUGGAUUGGCGGAAAAACGCCCAAGUGUUUUAAUAGGGGAUCGUUUCCUUGUCCAAAAACAUGGGGCUGUUGAAGGCCAUUGGUACGAAGGCAACGUCCAUGUUGUUCAACAGGCGUCGGUUGGGUUGCGAUUCGACAGGUCAUUUCGUGGCUGGUCUCCGCAGCAACGGUAUACCGUACGUUUCAAGCUCAACCGCAUUCCCAUGAAGCGUCAACACCAGGCCCUCGAUACCGCAUUUGCAUUUGAUAAAUUUUUGUUCCCUCAAAGAGCGCACAUUCUACCGCUUGGCGCUCGUCCUGGCAUGGGUCCUAUUAUACCAUUCAAUUCGUUGAUCGCUACGAACCCACCUCAACUUCAAGCCGUAACAUCUAUCCUUUUUCAGCAACCGGGUUCGGCACCAUUUAUCGUUUUCGGUCCCCCGGGCACUGGCAAGACUAUAACAAUAGUAGAAGCUAUGAAGCAACUGCUCAAGCAUAAACCGAAUACGCGCAUUCUUGCUACGGCACCCAGUAACUCCGCUGCCGACAUCAUUGCCUCCCGACUCGCGUCUACCCUCGGACCUGACGAACUUUUUAGACUUUAUGCACCCUCAAGGCACGUCGACCAGGUCCCAGAUGAGUUGCAACGCUACACAUUUAGAAAGACGCCGGAAGGGGAACUCAAGGGCUGCUUCUCCGUUCCACCCAUCCCGAUCCUUAAGCGCUAUAAAGUGAUUGUGUGCACAUGUGUCUCCGCAUCGAUUCCGUAUGGUAUUGGCAUUGCGCGCGGACAUUUCACCCAUAUUUUCGUCGACGAAGCUGGUCAGGCAACUGAACCGGAAGUCAUGAUCGGCAUCAAAACGAUGGCUGACAACGCGACUAACAUCGUCUUGGCGGGAGAUCCGAGGCAGUUGGGACCUAUCAUCCGGUCCAAUAUUGCAAGGGAGCUUGGGCUGGAGCGAAGCUACCUCGAACGUCUGAUGUUGAUGGAGGCAUAUGAAGCCCAAAGUGGUUACGGGCUCAGCGUCGUCAAGCUUGUGAAAAACUUCCGGUCGCAUCCCGCAAUUUUGAAGUUUCCUAACGAGCGAUUCUAUGCGAAUGAACUUGAGCCGUGUGGCAGCAAGAAUGUCAUACGCGCAUUCGAAGGUUGGAGCAAGCUCCCUUCGAAGAAAUUCCCGAUUAUCUUCCACUCGAUAUCUGGCAAGGAUGACCGCGAGGCUUCAUCGCCCUCGUUUUUCAACAUUGACGAGGUUUCUCAAGUUCGCAAAUACAUCCAGCUCCUCCGAGACGAUCGACAGAUCAGAGUUGCUCACAAUGAGAUUGGCGUGAUCGCUCCCUAUCACGCUCAGUGUCAAAAGAUUCGCAAGAUGCUCAAGGCCGUGGCUGAGGAUGUCAAAGUUGGCAGUGUGGAAGAGUUCCAGGGCCAGGAACGACGAGUCAUUAUUAUUUCGACGGUCAGGAGUAGUCGAAACUUCAUUGAGUUUGACCUCAGACACACCCUUGGUUUCGUUGCGAACCCGAGGCGCUUCAAUGUGGCUGUAACCCGAGCACAAGCACUGCUCAUCGUGAUCGGAGACCCAAAUGUCUUGUCCCUCGAUCCCCUCUGGCGGUCGUUCCUGAAUUAUAUUCACUUGAACGACGGGUGGGCCGGUCCUGAACCAACAUGGGACACGACGGAGAUAGUGGAUGAGAGUGGCGAAUACGAUCAACAUAUUCGAACGGCUGCGUUGAUGGAUAUGAGCCUUCUUGCUCAGAGGAUUCAGGGGAUCGUGGCGGAGAGUGUGCAGACUGGUGCAACCAAUGACGGUAAUGACGACGACGAUGCAAACUUUGACAGACCAUGGAGGGAGCUGGAGUAGACUUUCUUAACGUUUAUACUUACAUGGUUGUAAUAGUAAUUUGCUGCAAUGGUUUGUUUCUUGUUUAUUCGGUGUGCAAGAUAGGUUCUACAUAUGAUACUCUAUUGUCUCACGUUCCUGUGCAUGCGGCGGUGUUACACCGA